UUUUUUAGGGUUUUUGGCAGAAAUGGCGACUCGUUAUCUUACUCGUUCUCUACUCACUACUCUCUCUCGCUCAUACACUACUCUUUCUCUCUCUACACCUCUUCCAUCUUCUUUCUCUCUCCUCCGUUUUCGUCCUCUCAUCGCCGUCGCAGCGAAUCUUCGAACAUUUACUCCGGCGACGUUAACGGCGGCGACGUCGUUUAGAGGUUUCGCGACUCGUCAAACGUCGUCGUCGUUGAAUGACCCGAACCCGAACUGGUCUAAUCGUCCACCGAAGGAGACGAUUUUGCUUGAUGGAUGUGAUUUUGAGCACUGGCUUGUUGUGAUGGAGAAGCCUGAAGGUGAUCCUACAAGAGAUGAGAUUAUUGAUAGUUACAUCAAAACUCUUGCUACGAUUGUCGGAAGUGAGGAGGAAGCAAGAAUGAAGAUCUACUCUGUCUCGACAAGACAUUACUUUGCAUUUGGAGCUCUUGUAUCCGAAGAACUUUCUUACAAGCUCAAAGAAUUGCCGAAGGUUAGAUGGGUGCUUCCUGAUUCCUACCUGGAUGUUAAAAAUAAAGAUUAUGGAGGAGAACCUUUUAUUAAUGGGCAGGCUGUACCCUAUGACCCGAAAUACCACGAGGAGUGGGUGAGGAACAAUGCCCGAGCUAAUGAGAGAAACAGACGUAAUGACCGACCUCGUAACUUUGAUAGAUCCAGAAAUUUUGAGAGAAGAAGAGAGAUGCAGAACCCUGGAUCCAGUAUGGGUGGUGGACCUCCCAAUAUGAGAAAUGCUCCACCCCCUAACAUGGGUGAAAUGCAGCAGCAGCAGCAACCUAACAUGGGCGGAAUGCAGCAGCAGCAACCUAACAUGGGAGGUAUGCACCAGCAACAGCAGCCCAACAUGGGCGGGAUGCACCAGCCUGGCAUGGGAGGGCCACCGCCUAACUAUGGUGGAGGGCCUCCCAGAAACUAUGGUGGAGCACCUCCCAAUAACUAUGGUGGAGCACCAAACAAUCAAUAUAAUGGUGGACCAAACAAUGGGGGCGGCAUGCCUUACCAAACAGGUCCAGGACCAAACCAGAACUAUGCAUCUGGUGGAAACCAUUAUCAGAACCCAAAUAUGCCCCCUCCAAGUCAGAACUAUGCUCCGAAUACGCCUGGUGGAAACCUUCAUCAGAAUCAAAACAUGCCUGGAAGAGAUCCAAAUUAUCAAUAGGCCGCGCUGUAGAUACGUAUGGAAUUUGUAUUUCUAAAAUUGUACUGCACCGAAGUCAUAAUCGUGGUUGAAUAGGAUGUUUGUUGCUCUUAGUAGUUGAAUGUGCAAUAAGAUAUGCAUGCCUGAUAGUAUUUUCAUUGCAAUGCUACUAUUUCAACAUCCUUUCAGUUUAUCGAUGAAUGUUAUAAUUUCAUAUGGUGAAUGGUUAAGGCAUCAUUGCAGGUAGUGUUUGUGUCUUCGCACGAUUAUGACAAUGUUGUAAUGUAUAAUAUGAUCUUAUAUUUCGAAUUCAUAAAUUUCAAAUAAAUUGCCAAGUCAUUUUCUUA